AUGAACUCUCGAGGUCGGAACGUGUUCAGAUUACUUCCAAUUUCUUUGUCCGGGUGAUUGGCUGCAGGUGGACGACGAGCCGCUGUGGGGAGUCAAGUACACACCUGUACGAGUGAAGCAACACCUGUGCACACAUCAACAUUAUGACUAGAAAAAACAACAAGAACUUUCAGCAGUGGCAGUGAUAAAAGUUGUAGUGUUAACUUGGUCGCCGUCGUCUUCUGGUUUCCAACAGUCACAACAACAGAUGCUGCCAGACCUGCAUUGUCCACGCUCGACACACACUCCAAGGGUUCUGUAAGCCUUGCAAAUAGCACAGUUGAUCAUGAGUUUCUCGCUAGCAUGGAUUGUCCUGGCGUGGGCAUGCUGCUGGGGAGCCAGGAGUGCUGACGCCAUGGAGACUGGCCAGUUUUAUUCCUCUCUUGCCCAAAUGGAAUUCUUGUUUGACUUUGACGAGGGUGUCGGCGAGCUGUUACUCAACUUUCCUGAACACCUGCCCGCCGCCACCAGAUAUCUGGAAUCUUACGUGGGUUUGCGGACGGACCGAGAUCUUGGGAGGGAGAUUCGUGGCCAUCCCGUUCAUGUGUUCCUGGUGCUGAAAAGACUGGUGCUCUUCUGGCCUCGCAUCGCCUCCUCGCUUUUCAUCUACACCAGGCUCGAAGGGAGCUGCCAGGACCAAAACGAUGGGUGUGAGGGAUGGGCUCUGUCUGGCAACUGCCUUCACUACCGCGACUACAUGAUAGAGCACUGCACCAAGUCCUGCCAUGCGUGCCUCUCCCCAGAGUUGAAGGAGCAGGUCAUGUGGGUGAUGAGCAAGGCCAGCAUUCCCAUGCCCUCUAUGCAAGACCUUCGAGGAGCUGCUCUGGCCCUGUCCCGCCUCCAGAGCCAUUACCACAUCCCCGUCGGCGACUUCAUGACAGGCAGGAUAGAGAAGGCUCAAUGCACCCCACGACUGACGGUGGAAGAUUGUGUCCUGGUGGCGGACGUGACUCACGCCCACGGUAGAUACAGCACCGCUUAUAUAUGGUACGAUUAUUGCCAAACUUCAGCCUCCAUUGAUCCACGACUGCAGGCGGAGAUCAAAGCCCGCAAGGAGAAACUGGAGGCGGAGCACGACUUGAAGUUCAUAGCCGGCAACAUUAAUUUUUUCCCCGAACCUCUCCGGGAGAAAAAGAACCAGGUACCCUGGGACUCGCCUUUCCAUCAGCUGUGCCGCGGCGUCUACAAUCAGAAUGAGGACAAGGACCAGGCAGGGCUCAUGUGUUACGUGGACAACCGCAACUCGCCGUAUCUGACGCUGCAACCUGUGCGAUACGAGCAGCUCCACACUGACCCCGAAAUGUAUCUGUUUCACGACGUGGUCUCUGACGCAGAGAUCGCCGUACUGAAGCAACUCGCCAUGAGGACGUUGCACCGGUCAGUCACGCUCGCCUCCGGUCCCAAACACACCAACGUGACGGAGCAACGAGUCUCCCACACGGCAUGGCUCCGUAACUCCUCUCACGCAGUGCUAGAGAGGCUAGCACAUAGGGUCGCAGAAGUCGCGCAACUGGAGGCCCAUGAGGAACUGCUGGCCACCAAAGAAGCGGAGGAACUACAGGUUUUAAACUACGGGAUCGGAGGAUUGUACAAUGCUCAUCACGACGUCUUUUACAAAAAUGUUCCUGAAUAUAAGUGGUCCGAAGUGAAUGUAUACGCUAAUGAGCACCAGGCUGGAGACCGCUUAGCAACUUGGAUGUUUUACCUGAGUGACGUCAUCGCGGGUGGAAGAACUGCAUUUCCUGACGCCAACGUGGCUGUGGCUCCGGAGAAGGGCGCCGCAGUUCUAUGGUACAAUCUUAAGAAGAAUGGGAAUUGCAACACAAAGUCCCUGCACGGCGGCUGUCCGGUGUUAUUGGGACAAAAAUGGGUGGCCAACCGGUGGAUCCGAGAGAACGCAAACUUCAGGAGGCGUCCGUGCAGUACCGACCCGAUGGAGUGAGCACACCAUGCACUCACUCCCCCUUCGUUACUUUCACCCUUGCUGGGCACUGCCAUCACAUGCAAGGCGUAUAACUAAGGAAGGAGAAGGAAUGUAAAGAAAAGUAAAAUAAGAACAAAU